GCAAGGUUGUCUGAGAAAGAUAUGAAUCUUUAUACCAUUAGGGCGGUACCAUUUGCUGAUGUGAGGUCUAUUCGAAGACACACUCCAGCUUUUGGAUGGCAGUACAUAAUCGUUGUUUUGUCAUCUGGGAAUUUCAUCAAAUGAUAAUAAAGGCGGUGUGGUUUCAAUUGUACACCGAUAUUGUGCUCAGAACACUCUUAAAGGAAGAUAGUGGAUUCUACUGCACAUUAUGUUGUCUUUGGUUUUGGGACCUUCUGAAUAGAACCAAUUAGUAGAGAAGCUGAUAAUUUUUUACUUUUAUAGUUUUUUAAUCAGUUUUUUAAGUGAUAAUUAGCAAAGUAUUUGGAGAUUUGGUUCCUAUCUUCUUCUUUUUUCAUUCUCUCGCUUAUUUAUUUCCCUCAUAGAGUCUGGUGCCUUAUAUGAACGAUGGAAAAAUGAGAGGUCAAAUCAUUGGACAACUUUAUAACUAAACUGAACCAACCCAAAGGAGAUACUGCAUGCAAUAACCUGGAAUGGUUGAUCAUGUAAUGAAAAUAUGCAUAAUUUGAAAAUGCUAAAGCAUUGUAAUAGGUAUCAUAUAUCAUAAAUAGCUGAAGUGAAGCUUUAAGAAAACUUGUGUCUCUGUCAUCUAAAUUUCUUUAUAAGAUUGUGUAAAAAUUUCUGCUUUACAUCUCUAUUAUGUCUUAACAGUAAAUCUUUUCCCUGGACAUUUGGAAAUUUAUUGGGAUUUAGGGUUGUUGGUUUGGUUUAACCAUAUAAAAAUGUAAUUUUUGUAUUAAUGCUUUUCUUUUUAGCAUACUGGUUGCUUGGCUACUUUUACCUGAAAGUUGAAAAGACUACUAGGCACAGAAACUUCUGAGUGCUACUGCGACAUAUUUGUGCUAUAGUGCUAUUUCAUGCAUGUAAAUGCUCGGACUUGCAUUUCCUCCCCUUUACUUUUAUAAUGGAGGAGUUCGAGAGUUCCUUGCUACAGUAAAACAACACGUUGUCCUUCUGAGGUCGGCAGAACAUGCUAAUGUAUUUCUUGUGAAUGACUUUCAAAACCCCCUGCAGCGAACCUUGUCUUCCUUGGAGCUUCCCAGGGCAGUUUCCCUUUCAAUUGUGCCAUCAACGCCUGUUUCAGGUGGGGAGUCUGCUUCACAGGAAAAUGGAGAGAGGACUGAUGUUGAUGUCCUUGAUGGAAGUCCUAGUAUUCGUCAGUUUUAUCGAAGAGAAAGGCAAAAGGUUCAUGAUCCUGCUCGAGACAUAUCAAUGCAACUUUUGGAGAAAUUUUCUCUUGUAACCAAGUUUGCCCGAGAAGCAACUUCACAGUUAUUUUGGGAAACUCCUAGCAAUGCUUUUAGUCUUUUUGAGAGGGGAAGCUCUAACCUGUCUACCAUUGAUUCUAGUCAGAAACCACGUGAUGAUGUUCUGGAACUUCCUGUACCUGUUCCUCCAGAUCCUCUUGAGUUAGACAAACUCUCGCUAGCAUGGGGAAAACCCCGACAACCUCCAUUGGGAUUGGAAGAGUGGGCCACCUUCUUGGAUUCAGAAGGGCGAGUGGUGGAUUCAAAAGCUUUAAGAAAAAGAAUAUUUUAUGGAGGAGUUGAACACAAAUUACGAAAAGAGGUCUGGGAAAUAUUAUUGGGAUAUCAAUCAUAUGAAUCAACAUAUGCCGAGAAGGAAUAUCAAAGGUCUAACAGAAAGACAGAAUAUGAGAUUAUAAAAAACCAAUGGCAGAGUAUCUCUCCUGAACAGGAAAAAAGAUUUACUAAAUUCAGGGAGAGGAAAGGCCUUAUAGAGAAAGAUGUGGUGAGGACGGACAGGUCGAUCUCUUUUUAUGGUGGGGAUGGCAAUGCAAAUUUGAGUUUUUUACAUAAUGUUUUGUUAACGUACUCUUUCUAUAACUUCGAUCUUGGUUACUGUCAGGGUAUGAGCGAUCUGCUAUCCCCGAUUUUAUUUGUAAUGGAGGAUGAAUCAGAAUCAUUUUGGUGUUUCGUGGCAUUGAUGGAACGCCUUGGUCCCAAUUUUAAUCGUGACCAAAAUGGCAUGCACUCUCAACUUUUUGCAUUAUCUAAGCUGGUGGAGUUGUUAGAUGCCCCAUUGCAUAACUAUUUCAAGCAGAAGGACUGCUUGAAUUAUUUCAUCUGUUUCCGCUGGAUUCUAUUACAAUUCAAAAGGGAACUCGAAUAUGAUCAAACAAUGCGAUUAUGGGAAGUAUUGUGGACACAUCAUUUGUCUGAACACCUUCAUCUGUACGUAUGCGUAGCUCUCUUGAAGCGCUAUCGUGGGAAGAUUAUAGGAGAGCAAAUGGAAUUUGACACCCUCUUAAAGUUCAUCAAUGAACUGAGUGGUCAUAUUGACAUUGAUGUAACCCUCAGAGAUGCAGAGGCUUUAUGUUUAUGUGCUGGUGAAAAUGGCUCUGCUUGUAUCCCACCUGGAACUCCACCUUCAUUGCCUCGUGAAGAUGGUUUUUUAUUCAAUUCUGAGCUAGAUGAUACAGUAUUAUAAAUGUUUAUCCCCAACAAGCUUACAUGAAAUGCAAUUAACCGUUUUUCUCUUUUACAAAACAAUGAACCUCAAUAGAUGAGGAAAUGAUAGCAGUAUGUUUUCUUGACCCUUAAACGGCAACAUGCCAUGCAUGAAUUAGUUUCUAUUUUCGCAAAUAGAUUAUUUGGUGGAUUUGUAUUGCCGUUUCUUCACUUUUAUUGAAGACCAAGAAGGUUCUAUGUACUUUUAAA